GCGAGCUGAGCGAGGCAAGGCAGUAUCUCCUUAGCGCUGUUUGUGAGAGGAAGUGCGCAACGUUGAGGCCUCGCCGGGAAAUACGCACCUCUGUUUAGUAAUACUCCUGCCUGGCCUGUUGUGUUUUAGGCGGUUACCUGUGCAACACUUCAAUACCUUAAACUGGAUGCACUCAGGGCGGGAAAUGUUCUGAUGUGGAAGUAUGCUAGCAGGGGUGACCAAGCUAAUAUGAAAGAAGCAUUCACGUAAAAGAAAAAAAAGGAGCGAAUAAAAGAAAAAUAUACCCAGAAAACGAGAUAAUCAAGGAAAAAUCAGUACAGUAGAAGGGAAUACAGUGAUAGAAUCUUUGAAGAGUUUGUGGUGGCGGUGGUGGUGAUGGUAUGCGAGUGGUGUGCUGAAAACUAUGAAGAAGGUUAUAUAUUUAGCCCUAGGAAGGUUUGAGAGGUGGUGUGGCGGACAGCUGGCUCAGGGGCAGGCUGUGUACUUGUGUGAGAGAAAGGCAUUGGUAAAUACUCUUCAAUAAGUCUCUUUACUUCUUGCCUGUGGACACGGAACACUUCACUUCUCUCUGCCCUCAGGAUGGUGGACACUUAGCCCCAUGAAGUUCCCUUCGAGAUGAUAGCAAGACAGGCGUGCUAACCCGAGUGGACCCCCUCUUGCUGCAAAGAUGGACCCGUUCCUGACCAACGCGCGGCAGUUCUUUCAAGGCCUGCCCACUUCCACCCGCGGGUAUGACGGCUCCAGCCUGGAAGACACCACCCAUGCUCCGCCCACCCCCACGCCCCCAGCCACGCCCACACUGCCGCCAGCACAUGGCUACUACCCAUACCAGGUGGGCGGAAGUCUGGUGGGGGCAGCGCCGCCCACCAGCCUGCCUGGCCAGCUGCCCCAGAGCCGCCCCAUCACCCCCGCCACACCCUCACACAAGCCCCUGGAUCACACUCCAACCGCCUCGCCCUACAAUGUCUCAUCUUUUCUACAGCCGCCUUCCACCAAGCCCUCGGCCAAUGACUCCCGCUACCUGUCCCACCUGGACCACAUGCGGCAGGUGUCGGCGUCUGCCCCCUCCAGGCAACUCAACCCUGUGGCUGACGCCCGUGCUGCCUCGCGCUCUUAUAGUAGCCAACCGUCGCUGGUGAUGGAUGGCUACACCAGCCAGGUCUACAGCACACCCUCCACGCUGUCCCACGACAGCCUGCACACCCCACGCUCUUACUCCACACAGGCACCCUCUGCCCUAGAGCCCCACCUGCGGCCAUAUGGGCUGCAGCAAGCCAAGGCAGAGAGCAGGUACCUGGCCCGCCACCUGGCCUCCAGCAAGGAAGCCAGGACGCACGCCACACCCUUCAGCGCCCCAACCCUGGCCCCUGACCCGCGCAUGCACCACCUUGACAACAAGUACUCAUCAAAAACUGAGGCACGGCCAGACCUUCGAGGGCUGGAGGUGCGGCCCGACCCACGGCCAGACUACCGCCACGAGCCAUGGCCGCCGGUGUGCCGCGCCCCUGAGGCCAAGGCCUUGGAGCGUCUGGCCACAUCCGUCCACACUGCCGCCGUCGCCACUACCGUCAACGGCUCCAAGGACGCCCUUUACCUGGGGCGGCGGCUGGAGGAGUUGCCCCCGACCCGCCACGGGGACGACCCCUACAGGAAGGCCCCACAGGUCAAUGGGUCUCGGGACCCCCUCUACGCCAAUGGCUCCCACACUGCUUACCCUGCCCCACCGCAGAGGGAAACGUCCUCCGAGCGGCCUGUGGAUCCCCACCCCAAGGAGGACCUGGCCCUGGACCUCUCUGUGAAGACAGUGCGGCAGACUCCGGACUCCACUGCCCCAGACCCGGAGAAGAGCGGCAGUGGCAGCAGCAGCAGCAGCACGUCGCCGCUCAGCUCAGUGAGCAGCGACCGGCUGGCCCACAGUGAGGCGGCCAAGUGCAGCUCAAGUUCCAUUCCUUUGGCUGGGUCGGGGAAGGUGAGCAAGGGGCCAUCCCCAGUGCCCAAGGCCACCCACUCCCUGAGUGGCCUGCUGCGGGCCACGCCACCCAGCCAUGUGCCGUCCCCAUAUGGGAUCAACGGCACCCCUAGUCUCAUGCCUAACACAGCCGCCGCCCUGGCUAGAGUUCCUCACAUGCUGGCGGCCACCAAGCGCCCCGGAGACCCCUCCUACCCUGACAGCCGCACUAAAAUGCGCCGUAGCAGCUCCCCGGCAGGCAGGGCAGCAGUAGCAGCAGCGGCAGCAGCACCACCACCAGCACCAGCAGCACAUCAUCCCCCAAGCGCCCACUACCCGCCUCACCUGAGUGACAAGAUGCUGUAUGGUGGCCACAGGGAGGCAGAGCACAGCCGUGGCCUCAACCUCCUAGCUGGAGCAUCACUGAUCAGCAGCAGGGAGGCUGUGGAGCGGCGUCAGCCCAGUGUGGAGCGCAGGGAUCCGGUGGCAGAGUGGAGGAAGGACUCGUCGGCCUUUGAGAGGAGAGCAGUGCGGGAGGUGGUGCCUGGGCGCAGCGACCUGGCCCAAGACAGGAGAGAAGUGGCCUUGGAGAGGAAAGGAACCAGCCUGGAGAAGUGGCCCCAAAAUGCUGCCUAUGAGGCAGCCUAUCCCCUCCAAGGCCCCAGAGACCUUUGACCCCUACCGGGCGUGGUUUAACCCGCCUGACCCAGCCGGUCCCAAUGGGGAGAGGUCCAAGUACUUGCUGGGACAGAGUCACGCUGCCACCUCCGUCCCCUCCACCAUACCUCAACAGGGGUCCAGGGCUCACCCCACCCAGCACCCCCACUCUUACACCUAUGGCCGGCCCCCCGACAGACUACCUCACGCCCCCUACUCCCAGGCUGCCCCUGCAGCCAUCCCCUCCACCCCCCACCAGCAGGCCGGCAUGAUGCCUCCCUCACAGGCCAAGCUGCACCAGCCUUACGGCUCCAGCAGAGCCUCACACAGCUCCUCUCGCAGCACCAAUAGCAGCAGUAGCAGUGGCAGCAGCAGCAGCAGCAACAGUAGCAGCAACAGCAUUGGAAGUCACAGCAGCAGCAGCAGCAGCAGUCAUCCUCACUCCACCAGUACAGUUGCCUCACUGUACACUGCCACAUACCCCCCUACCAGCCAGCCAGCCCCUCACCUGCCCCAGCCCCACCACCA